AUUUCUGGUUAUAUAUCAUGUAUAUAUGAUUCAAAUCUUGUACAAAAAAUUAUAUCUGCUAAAACAUGUUAUAUAAAAUGGAUAUUUUUAAAUAACAGCCAUAUAGUUUUUCUUCAUCUUAGCUGAUGCCUCUUUAGGAUAAAAAGAUAGUGUGCAUGGUAGCCAUCUUUACUAAGGUUAAAAUACAUGCCACAUAAUUUCAUCACCAUCUUAAGAUGACCAUGUGAUAUAAACCAACUAAGACAACACUAUUAAAACUUAGUCUUGCUGGGUGAUAGCGGCACAUGCCUUUAAUCCCAGCACUUGGGAGGCAGAGCCAGGGGGAUCUCAGUGACUACGAGGCCAGCCUGGGCUACAGAGUGAGAUCCAGGACAGGCACCAAAACUACACAGAGAAAUCCUGUCUCGAUAAACAAAAACAAACAAACAAACAAACAAGAAACUUUAGUCAUACUGUCAUCCUUUUAGACUAAAGAAACAAUGACAAGUCUCCAAGAUAUUUUGGCUUAGAAUCGAUUUCUGUAUGAUAAAUUCCUGAGGUUGUAAAGGUAUACUCAGGUUAACAAUAAUUUGGAAAUGUAUGUCUAAAACUGUAAAAUCCUAAUCUUAUGAAAGCUAUUAACUUGCUGUAAACCGUUAAAAUAGUUAAAACAUACAAAUUAACGGUCAAUCACUUUAUAAAUGAUCAUAUUUUUAAUGUGCUCAAAACUAAGUUUAUAGUCAUUCUAAAUACAAAUAUGAACCAUGUAAAAAGCAGCGUUGACCUUCUAUAUUUGUUUUCACGGUUAAGCCUAGUGCAAAUAUGUAAAAACAAAGUUUGCUUAAAAUCAAAGUUUAUGGUGGGGAUAAAGCGCUUGGGGCUUGGGGGUGUUGGUAAGAGGGGCACCAGGGCCAGGGGAGUGGGGGAAGAGGGGCCGCAUGCUGGGGUUGACACGGGCUUGCCAUCCUCAGGUGUUUCUCAUGAUCCGCCGCCACAAGACCACCAUCUUCACGGAAGCCAAGGAGUCCAGUACCGUGUUCCAGCUAAAGCGUGUUGUCCAAGACAUCCUCCAGCGGCCUCCAGAAGAGCAGCGCCUGUACAAGGAUGACCAGCUCCUUGAUGACAGAAAAACUCUGGGCGAGUGUGGCUUUACUAGCCAGACAGCUCAGAUACAGGCCCCAGCCACUGUGGGCCUGGCCUUCGGUGCAGAUGAUGCCUUUGAAGCCCUGCACAUUGAGCCCUUCUCCAGCCCUUCAGAGCUCCCAGAUGUGAUGAAGCCAUAAGAUUCUGGAGGCAGGGCCAAUAAACAAGCUGUGCAGUGAGGCCCCAGGCCCAUCAUCCCCCUAGAGACCCAUUCUCUCAAUAAAGACGAUU